AUGUCCGCCCCUAAACUCCUCCUCCUCCUUAUCUUCUUCUUCUUCCUCCACACCUGCAACAGGGUCUCGGUUUUAGCCCUGGAUUCUGUCAAAACCGGCAACAUUGAUGUCGUGGUCAGAAGGGCUCGUACCCAAUCCAUCGAAGAUUGCCUGGCGAAAACCGAGCCGGAAAUGGACUCCGAGACCAGCCGGAGAGUUUUGUUGAUGCAGAAGAAGUACAUCAGCUACGAGACGCUGAAGAGAGACAUGGUUCCUUGCAUUAGGCCGGGUGCCUCUUACUAUGACUGUCAGGCUGGGGUAGCAAACCCUUAUAACAGAGGGUGUGAGAUGAUUACGAGGUGUGCAAGAGGUAUUAAGGACAUCAAGAAUUGA